CCGCUGCCGCCGCCUGCCCCGGGCAGGCGCGAUGGUGAAGCUCGCUGCCAAGUGCCUGCUGGCAGGAGAUCCAGCUGUGGGUAAGAGUGCUUUAUCCCAGAUAUUUCGCAGUGAUGGGGCUCAUUUUCAGAAGAGCUACACACUGACAGCGGGAAUAGAACUGUUGGUGAAGGCUGUAUCAGUUCCAGAGACAAGUGAUAGUGUGGAAUUCUUCAUUUUUGACUCUGCAGGAAAAGAUCUAUUUUCUGAAAUGCUGGAGAAACUGUGGGAGCAGCCCAACGUCCUGUGCCUUGUGUAUGAUGUCACUAAUGAGCAAUCCUUCAACAACUGUAACAAAUGGCUGGAGAAGCUCAAGGCUCAAGCAGUUGGGCUGCACAUCCCAGGUGUCUUAGUGGGGAAUAAAACAGACCUAGCUGAUCGUCGGGUUGUGGAGCAGGAACAAGCACAGGAGUGGGCUGAGAAACAUGGCCUGGAAUACUGUGAGAUGUCAGUGAAGGAAAUGAAAAAUUUUGAGGCCCCUUUCCACAUCCUGGCAAAGUUAUUCCACCAACUGUACAAAGAGAAAGUGGAAACUUUUCACUCACUAGCCUGACUGAAUCUGUUUCUUUCCUUCGGCGUGGCUCACUGUCCCUGCCUGGUGGGAGCCGUGUGGCGUCCAGCCGCUGUCACUUGGUGACGCAGUGCCCUCUGCUGGUCCCAGGUCACAGGAGUGCUCCAGAGGCUGUCACCUCCCUUGAAGUGAGCAUGAAGGGCUUCCUGCGGGCUCAUCCAAAUUGGCUUAACUGCUAAAUGGAGUCAAAUUGCAAGAAAACCUAUUCUAAAGAUGAAUCUAAAACUUAUAAAAAUUACCUUUUCUUCUUCAUGUCUUUAUCAUCUUACAUAUUGUUGUGUCAUUUUUGUCAGCUGAAUUUGGCAAUAACAUUCUGAUUAGGUUCAGUUCUCAAUCUCAAAAUCAGAGUCCUCUUAUUAAAAGUCUCUCUGCUUGUCAUUGAAUUUCAGAUAAAAGACCACGGUUCUGAUGUUGCUAGUGGAAACAGGACUAAGGAAAUGAAAGACAGCCUGGCUAAGUUACUCUGACUCAGCUGUGUCUGGCUAGAAGUUUCAUAUUAGAAAAGGUAAAAGCCUAGAGAGAGUUGCUCUUUUGUAUGGAGUACUGAUGUUGCAUGUGUAAGAGUCUUUGCUAAUGCUAAAGAUUCUGUGGUAAGGUAGUGCCUUGUAACUGAGCCUAACACCAAAGGUUUCAAAAAUUUAGCCAUUAUCUUCCAGAUUGUGGUAGACUCUCUUGGGCAAGGGAAGCUGAGUUUUGUAGAGACUAAGCACUGAGUGAUUUUUCUGGCAGUCUUUUCAGGAAUCUGUGUUUCAAGACUUUCAUACUUGUGGUUUAUAAUCACUUUUAUGCCCAGUGCUAGGAAAAGUACAUUAAAUUGAACGUAAGAAAUAUGGCUGCAGAUGUUGUAGCAGAGUUUAUGAAGCACUUCAAGAAUCUGGAGAAGCAGUGAGUUCAUUUCUCUGCCAACAGUGUGUUGAUGCUGGGAACUCACUAGGGAACAUGAAUACCGGUUAAAGAGGGUGAGUAGGAGCUCAACCUACAAGAAGUGAAAACAAGAGGUUCUUUUCCUGGAAGCCAACUCAAAAAUGACAGAACAAGCUGGGAAAGCUUCUGCUUUCUCCAAAGAAGGAAGGGGUCCUCCAUGAACUUAGGGUAACUAGGAGUCUCACUCUUUUUUGAAUUGGAUUAGCAUUUCUGGCAUUUAUAUUUUACACAGGUUGUCUUUUUAAUACUGGGUGUUUUCUGUUGAUUUACAUAGGCUGUAUAGACUCCUGCUUGCAGGUGCUGGUGUCUCUGACUAGUAAGAAUAAAAGCUAUUUUGGUUGUUGUGCUGAUCUAGUUAAAGAACUAAA